AUGGCCCUGCACAGCCCGACACAAUUCCUCAUGACCCGAGGCUUUUACCCAUCCAAGGAGCAACUGCACUUCAGGUUAGGUCUGGGAACACUGAUUAUUCCUGUCCCCACCCUAAACCUUUUUGAGCAGGAGUCAGUGAGCUUUGAGGAUGUGGCUGUGAAGUUCACCAAGGAGGAGUGGGCUCUGCUGGAUCCAUCCCAGAAGAAGCUGUACAAAGAUGUGAUGCAGGAAACCUUGAGGAACCUGGCUGCUAUAGGAAACAAGUUGGAGAACCAGAAGGUUGUAAAUGAGUGUGAAAAUCUCUGGAGAAAACUAAGGUAAUUUGUUUCCUAAAAGAUAACCAUAUUCUAGAGUGCUGGUGGUGCGAUAGAACAUUUUACAAAGAGGAAAAAGAUGCAUUUGAUAUCCAGCAUCAAACCACUUUCAGGAAACUCUCUCCUAAAAUUCGUGUGUUAAGCAUCAGCAAUAGUACAUCCCAAACAUUUCAAUUUUGAGGACAACUAGAAUAUGAUGAUGUCAUAUGUGAUGUGUUAUCGUAGUUCAUAUAUACAAACUUUAUGCCAUACAGAGUGUCUUCGUUUGGUUUUGUAUUGCUGGGAUGAAGUCCAUGAGCCAAAGCAACUUGAUGUGGAAAGGGUUAAUUUCACCUUGUAUUUUGCAGUCAAGGGAAAUUAGGGCAUGAACUCAAGCAGGCAGUCAAGGGCAUGAACAGAAAGCAGAGGCCAUGGAGGAUUGCUGCUCACUGUCUUGCUUACUUUGUUUUCUUAUACACCUCCUGACAAGCUGCCUGGGAGUGGCAUUGCUCACAGAGAACUAAGCACUUCCACACUGCUUGUCAAUCAAGCUCCACAGGUUGCUUACAGGCCAGUGUGAUGGGGACAUUUUCUCAAUUGAAGUUCCCUACGAAGACUCUAGGUUUUGUCAAGUUGACAAAAUACCAGCACAAUUGACUCCUUGUCGACGUGAGACACAAACACCCCAUAUUAAGCCAUUAGCUGUCCUUUUUGUUUGUCUCCAUGAUGUCAUGUUACUAUUAAUACCAGCAAUACCAGCUGGUCUACAGAGGGAUGCCUGGUCUACAGAGUAAGUUUCAGGACUAUGCAGAGAAACCCUAUCUCAAAAACCAAAAAAAAAAAGAAAGAAAAGAAAAAUUAAUUUAAAAAAGCUAAGAAAUAGUCUUAAGAUAUUUCAAUACUUUAAAAGUCGAAGUUCCCUUAAAAUCCAAGUAUCUUUUUAAAAAAUGAAGAGUCCCAGCACUUGGGAAGCAGAGCCAGGUGGAUCUCUGUGAGUUCGAGGCCAGCCUGGGCUACCAAGUGAGUUCCAGAAAAGGCACAAAGCUACACAGAGGAACCCUGUCUCGAAGGAAAAAAAAAAAAAAAGUGAAGAGUCUUUGAAGUGUAGGUACAAAAAGUCAGUUACGUAAUUUCAUACUCCAAGAGGAAGAACAUAGUAAUAAUCAAAUCAUAGUAAUAAUCAAAUCAAGGCAAACUCAGCCUCCGACAGUGUAAACAAUCUAAUGUCUCAUAUCUGGUGGAGACUCACUGUUUCUGGGCUCCCAAGACCCUAGUCAGCUCCACUUCUCUAGGUCUACCACUGGUAGCACACAUAGAUUGUCCCCUAGGCUCAGGCCAGCAUCACACCAUAUCUGCUCCUGUCCCCAGUGGUCAUUCUACCCUGCUGGUGUCUCCUAGGCUCAGGCCAGCAUCACACCAUAUCUGCUCCUGUCCCCAGUGGUCAUUCCACCCUGCUGGUAUCUCCAAUAUGCUGGUGGAUCCAGUGUAUUUGAAGUACAUCCAGAAAGUGUAUAAUAUUGUGGAUUCAAAUUUGUGUUAAAAUGCUAUGGGACUACCUAAUGUUCUCAAGGUGAUAUACCCCAUCAUACAUGAAUACCAUUGUUUCUCUUUUAACUGUCCUCAAGUGGUCUUGGAAAACAUUGCAGUCCAAACAUGUUUCAAACUUUUUCUCAGCAUGAAAUCAACAUUCCUUUUGUUCAGUCAUUAAUAAACCAAGUCUUAGUCAUGUACUCUCCACUUGUUUUGUAGCAGCCAACUGAUAGAGAAAUUCUGUGAAUAUGAAGAAAGUCUUCAGAGUACAGAACUCUUCAGCUGUAUUCCAGAGCCUCCUGUGAA